UUACUUUUUCUACAAGAAAUCAAUGGAUCAAGGAGAACUUGCACGAAUUUUUCAAAUGUUCGAUAGAAACGGUGACGGCCGCAUUACAAAAAAAGAACUCAGCGAUUCAUUACAAAACCUUGGAAUUUGCGUCUGCGAAAAAGAUUUGGUCACACUGAUUGAAAAAAUUGAUGUGAACGGAGAUGGUUAUGUCGAUAUUGAUGAAUUCGGCGAGUUAUACCAAACAAUAAUGGAUGAUAAAGACGAGGAGGAGGAUAUCAAAGAGGCGUUCAAUGUGUUUGAUCAAAACGGAGACGGUUACAUAUCGGGCGAAGAAUUAAGCGCGGUGUUAUCUUCUUUGGGAUUAAAAAAUGGAAAAAGUUUAGAAGAUUGUAAAAACAUGAUCAAGAAAGUUGAUGUGGAUGGCGAUGGAAUGGUAAAUUUGAUAGAAUUUAAACAAAUGAUGAAAGCUGGUGCUUUUGCUACCGAUUCAUUAAGUUGAUGAUGCAUGAUAUUGGGUGUGUAAGUGUUUUAUCUCUUUUAUGUUUAGAUGAUUUUUUUUCACAUAAAAGAAGAAAUUAAAAUACCCUUUGUAGAAUAUUAUGUAACAUGUUCCAAUGCAAAGGGAAGGAAAUGGUGUAAGAUUGGUGAUUAUAUUUGAUGGGAAUUUCUCAACUUUUGGUAAGGUUGAUUCAUUAAUUCCU